AUGCCGGUCGCCCGGAGCUGGGUUUGCCGCAAAACCUAUGUCACCCCACGGCGUCCCUUCGAGAAAUCCCGCUUGGAUCAGGAGCUGAAGUUGAUCGGUGAAUAUGGGCUCCGGAACAAGCGGGAGGUCUGGCGUGUGAAGUUCACCCUGGCCAAGAUCCGCAAGGCGGCGCGGGAGCUGCUCACGCUGGACGAGAAGGAUCCGCGGCGCCUCUUCGAGGGGAACGCGCUGCUGCGGCGCCUGGUGCGCAUCGGGGUGUUGGACGAGGGGAAGAUGAAGCUCGAUUACAUCCUGGGGCUGAAGAUCGAGGAUUUCCUCGAGCGGCGCCUUCAAACCCAGGUCUUCAAACUGGGUUUGGCCAAAUCCAUCCACCACGCUCGCGUCCUCAUCCGGCAGCGCCACAUCCGGGUGCGGAAGCAGGUGGUGAACAUCCCGUCGUUCAUCGUACGCCUCGACUCGCAGAAGCACAUCGAUUUCUCGCUUCGUUCGCCCUACGGCGGCGGCCGCCCCGGACGCGUCAAGCGCAAGAACGCCAAGAAGGGACAGGGGGGCGCCGGGGGGGGCGAGGACGAGGAGGAGGACUGAGCUCCCCCAGAUUUGGGGGGGG